CGAACUGACCAGACACCGGUACACGACAUCUCGCGACGAAACGCACCAUGCUCAUCAGGCGAUUCACACACGGUGAAAGUGCAGUAACAUGGACGAACAUCGAACCAAACGGCUGAAGCAGGCCGAGGAGCAGCCGGGCAUAGAGGAUGAGGAUACCGACUUCAAGCUGGCGAUGCUAGCUUCUUUACACCCAGAUCGAAGCUCGGACGUACAUUUGGACUAUCUAUUGGCAUAUGGAGGGAGCUACGAGAAGGCGUCUGCCGCACUCGCAGGUUCUUCGGAAGAGCCUACAAAGCGUAAGCGCGUCGCCAUAGGAUACCAAUCUGCCCUCAAUUUCGGCGCGAGAGAUGGCGGCCUCUCUUCUCCUUCAACAGUGCAAGCGAAGAGCCUGACCAAGAAGGGCCAAACACUUCAUCUCUACGCGCCUAUGGACAUUGAGACCCACACGCCUUGCUCCAUCAUCCACAAUUUUCUCCCAGCUUCCCAGGCCAACGCGUUGCUGCAGGAGCUUCUGGACGAGUCGCCGACUUUCAAAAGAGGAUCAUUUCAAAUCUUUGGGCGCACACUCCAAAACAACUCGACGUUCAAGUUCUACCUUGACUCACCAGAGGCAGUCAGGAACGAGCAGACAAAGGCCUUCUACAGCGAUUCAAUCUACGAAUCUACAGCCCUGGCAGAGACCACGCCCGAGAUGCUCAAGGUAGCCCACAUCGUCAAGGAAACGGUCAAUAAGGAGGUUGAAAGACGAAUGCGGGACUAUCAACCUGAUGGGAAGAAGCUGAAGUUUCAGUCACCUGAGGAUUGGGAACCCAAUGCCAGUUUUGUGAAUUGCUAUGAUGGCGCGAAGGAAAGUGUUGGCUUUCACUCUGACCAGUUGACAUAUCUCGGUCCCAGAGCUGUCAUCGGGAGCUUGUCUCUGGGUGUUGCUAGGGAAUUCCGUGUUCGAAAGAUCGUUCCACCUUCCGAAGAUGGCUCGACAGCACAGGCGGACGAACAAGGUCAGAUCGCCAUACACCUUCCGCACAACAGCCUGCUCGUCAUGCAUGCCGAGAUGCAAGAAGAGUGGAAACAUUCCAUCGCACCUGCGAAGUCUAUCGAUCCUCAUCCGUUAGCUCUGAACAAGCGGCUGAACAUCACCUAUCGUUGCUAUAAGGACUAUCUGCACCCCAUACACACGCCGAAGUGCAAAUGUAAUGUUGCAAUGGUUUUGAGAUGCGUGCAGAAAAGAGCUGCUACCAGAGGACGUUAUAUGUGGCAGUGCUUUGCCAACUAUCAAGCGGAUUCGAAGAAGGAUUGCGGUAUGUUCGUGUGGGCGGACCUGGACGAAGAUGGCAAACCACCAUGGUUCGAUGGGUACAAGGGCAAUGCGAAUUUACCGCUCAUAGCCGGUGACGAGCAACAUAGGCCCGAAUCAAAAAGCGAGUGAGCAUGGAUCUGUUUCCACUGCUGGUGCCAAAGCUGAGCGCUACGCUGUUCCUAGAUCGCAUUCUAGAACGGGAGAUGAUUUCGGCGUCCGAGUCGAAGACUUAUGCCAUGCCGAGCCCAGGUACCGGUCCUGCCUGAGGCUCAGCCCUAAACUAGGACUCAACCCCUGCUCUCCGGUAGCCGCAUUCUCGGCCACUGGGAAAGCCUCGUGGCAAGCAAGACUUCAGACACCAUAAUCUUACGGAUGUGAAUUUGGACUUCGCAUCAUGCGUUGUGCGGUGAGCGUCAAGUGCCGCCUUCAGCUGACGUUCAAACUUUUCGCGUUUUCGGACAGCACUAUAAGCCCGAUCAAGGUAUACGACGAAUCCGAGCGCUCAAUCGUCGACACCGCCGCAGCAUGGUCUACCAUGGCACUCGAUACGUAGAAAGCUCAGCCACGGCGUUUCCGUGAAGCUCUACCUGCUGUCCGAAGCAUGUGCCGCUGGUGUCGUAACGCGCGCUUGAGCGUGGCUUGUUGUCUGCAUUCGUCAUUUCACAGGCGCGACCAUGUUUUCUGAGACCUGUGUUGAACAUCAGCCACGAAAGCUGAUGCCGAGCUGUAUAUCCGACUGAUCAUGGCUCUGGCAAUGGUAGAGACUGAGAUAUAAAAUGGAUCGAGCUCCUCUGUUUCACGUUUCCAACUCACUCAAGCAGUAACGACAACAACCUCGUGUACGAACUUCACAUUCCUGAGAGGCCAACAUCGCAAAACACAUAUAUCCACGACAAGAACCCCACGCGAUCUACAAUGCACGCCUCUCUAGCUUUCACUCUUGCUCUCGCGGCCUUCGCUGUGGCAGACACGACCGGAUGCGGCGAUACCGUUGACAAUGCCAUUGAUACUUGCUUGAGUCCUGUAAGACCCUCAUCUGCCGAAGAGCAGCGAAAAUUUCCUG